AGAACACUGAAAGCAAACCAGGCAAUGGUUUGUUUUAAAUUAAGGAACAGCUACGAAGGGGCGAUGACUUUGGAUGGACAACUUCACACAACCUGCCCGCUGCCCACCCCCGCUCCCUCCCUCUCUCUUGUGUAGCCCCCGCCCCGCCCCCUGCAAACUGCGGCCGCGGGGCCGAUUGGCCGGUCCCGGGAGUGAGGUCAUCAACUGGCGACAGUCGCUCCGGAGGCGGAAGCUGGCGGUGUCCGGAGUCGGGGAAACGUCCGUGAUGUGUGUGGGCUGCGUCCUGAGGGAGUAUCCCGACCGGGGUAACACAUGCUUAGAGAAUGGCUCCUAUCUACUGAAUUAUGUGGGUUGUGCUGAGUGCAGUAAAAGAGACUUUGUGCUGAUUACUAAUCGAACCCAGGACGAUGAUGACGGAGAAGAAAUUGUUACAUAUGACCAUAUAUGUCAGAAUUGCCACCAUAUUAUAGCAAGACAUGAAUACACGUUCACUGUUGUUGACGACUACCAGGAAUACACCAUGUUGUGUAUGCUGUGUGGAAAAGCGGAAGACUCUAUCAGUGUAUUGCCAGAUGAUCCACGGCAAAUGGUUCCCCUCUUUUGAAAUCUGUUUCUCCACGAUUCAGAGGAAGUGUUAGGGUAGGGUGUGCAGUAGGAAGUUGGAAAAAUGAACGAUAAACUGAAAUGAAAGCCUCUUCAUUUAAACUUAUGACUAAAGGAUGUUCCAUAAAUAAACCUCUUUGUCACCCUUUCCCAAAAUUACAUUUUUGUUUUUAUUGUUGUGCAUCCACCAGUCCUAACUUGUAUCUCUACUGUUUUAAACUGCUGAGUUUUCUGCCAAAUGUAUAACAUGCAUAAUCUUCCAAGUACAACUAAUUUAAAGCAUUCUAGGAAAGGAGGUAAUGCUUCUGCUUUAAUCCCUUUACAGGGAAUAAUUCCAAACCAAUUUGUAUUCUAUUUAUAUAUUCCUCUUUGCCUCCUCUGAAGGCUAAGUGCCUUGUUUUUGGAAAUGGCUUCCAAUGGGGCCACAGACCAUUUUUUUCUUAAUCCUUGGGAAUUGAGUGAGCUGGGAUGCCAGUCUCAGAGACUCAGCAUAUUUAAUAGAUGUCAGCAGAAGGUUGUCCCAGGGGCAGAAUGCAGUGCAAAACCAAUCAGUUUCUGCUGCAUCUUUUUUUAUUAUUAGUUCACUUGCAGGAUGUGGAAGUUGCCAGCAAUGUUGGCAUCUGUUGUCCAUCCCAGUUCCCCCGAUGGAUGAGGCAGUUAAAAGUCAACUGUGUAGCUGGUAUGGAAGUACAGUAUAAGGCAGGUCAGGUCAGGAUAGAAAAUUUUCUUCUCUGAAGGGCAUCAUUGAACCAGAUGGAUUCCUAUGAUGACUCAUUGCUGUUAUAAAGCACUUUAGAAUUUGAAACAUAAUGCAGUAUGUUAAAUUUUGCUCUAAAUUGUAAUAUGAUCCCAGUAAAGCAGUUGGGUUUAGAUUAAUUGGGUUUUUGGAUAACUUCCCUAUCCUUUGAAGCUUUAAAGUGAACUAAGAUAAGAUUUCUUUAUUAGUCACAUGUACAUCAAAACACACAGUGAAAUGCAUCUUUGCAUAGAAUGGCCUGGGGUCCAGCCCGCAAGUGUCGCCACGCUUCCAGCACCAACGUAGCAUGCUCACAACUUCCUAACCUGUACCUCUUUUUUUUGGAAUGUGAGAGGAAACCGGAGCAUCCAGAGGAAACCCACGCAGACACGGGGAGAACUCCUUACAGACAGCGGCUGGAAUUGAACCUGGCACAGUAUUAGUGUUAUGCUAACUGCUACACUGUGAGGAUAUGAAAGUGAGGAAGAAAACAAUUACAUUUGUGGCUGCUUGAACACAUGUCUUUAACUGGAUGGUUUUAAUAUGUGUUCUGUCUUUCAGAGCAAAGUUAUGUUUGCAUCACAAAGCUCACCUAAUGAUAUGUCUUGGGCUGUCAACUGCUAGGAAUGUAUUCACUUGUAUUGCAUUUAGCAAGCUAAUGAGGUACUGCCCCACUGAGCUAGGCAUUUUUUGUUUAUUUAUCUGUUGAAUAAAUUGUUUUAUUUUCUGAUGAAGGAUAGCUUUGAUUCACACUGAACCAUAAAAUCUGUUCUCUUUUGGAGUUGAUGGAUCUUGCAGAGAAACUUUUAAUAUUUGCUAAAAUGAAAUUAGCAUACCAUUCACUAUGUAGUCAUUCAAUGCAAUACUGCUCCACAUUAAAUCAAGAGCCUUUAAUUAGGGCAAUUAUAAAAGCAUUUAAAAACUGAUUUGCAAAAGUAGACUGGCAGUCUUUCUUGGUUGUUACUGGACCAAGACAUUUUCAAGAUGUUCAGAUAUAUCUCAUUACUGCAGUGGCUGAUACAAACAACACCUCAACAGUUGUUUAACAGACGUCAGACAACUGACUGGGCAUGUUCUGACAAAGGUCAAGCUUACCUCUAGCUUGUCCAUGUUCCUUGUGAGUUAACACAUGCAGGUGUACUAUAAAGUAAAUGGAAGUGAUAUUUGUUUGGAUCAACCAAAGAGCCUAGGCAGAAUGAUGCUUUUUCUGAACCACGACAAUUUAAACGUUUUGGUUUUUAAAGUACUUCUGGAGCAGCUGCAUUGGGAUGGACCUUGGUGGAUGGGGAACAAAAUUACCUGUCCAAGUCAGCGGGAGACCGCUGGUUAACUUACUUGUUCCUCUCCUCGGCCUCUUGACCUGUGACCUGUUUUCAUCUCAAUUUGACUGCAGGGAGGAUUAAACAUUUGGAAUUAAUUUUGUUAGUGAUCUAGUUUGGGAUUGGAAGGAAAUCCCACAACCAAGAGGUUGUUUCCAUUCCUCAGAUAAUUGUGGCUUAAGGCUGCCUUCACUCCCUAUUGUAUCUUGUUAACACCUGUUUGUUACUUUAUUGUUCAUUGCUUUUGUAAUACUUGAUGAAACCUGCUAAAUUCUAUUUGUCAGUAGUUUUGGAAAAAGAUUCUUUUAAAUUGCAGUUAAAAAAUAAAAUUCUGUUAUUUCAGUA